GUAUAGCUAGUUAUUUUUUCUGGGAAGUUUAUCUUGUGUGGCUGCAGAUUGAAGGCUGCAUAAUGAACUUCAAUCGCCUCGCUUCAAAGUACGUCGCCCAGGAAAAUCGAAAUCCGAUAGUUCGGACAGCGAAGGAGCCCAGUGUGGAAGUGCCAGUUCCCAGGGCUCACAGGCCGGUUCUGGGUGUGCUGUGUGAAAAUGAGCAGCGGAGGCGAACCGACAGUCAGAGUUCAUUUUGCUCAAGGAAUCACUCUGGUUAUGAGAAGGAGCCUUCUGAUGCUUACAAGAGAGCUUUCCCUGUGUGUCCAAUAACUCGCUCCAGUGUGAACUAUGAAGUCUUUGUGGAUGAACCACAGGAGCCCCCAAGGCCUGUGCAAAAGAGAGCAGUGCCUGUGGAGAAUGUGCCCAGAGAUGAGAGCAUUGCAUUACAACAUAAAGACUUCAGGCUGUUCUUGGAGCUAAGUGCAGGUUCUUUAGAUGUUUCAAUGCAGUCUGUUCAUGAAGAGCCUCCUGCAUGUGGUGACCCGUCUGUAGCAGAAUAUGCAGAAGAUAUCUACUCUUACUUGCAAGAAAGUGAAAGAAAAUUUAGGCCAAGGUGUGGCUAUAUGAGGAAGCAACCGGACAUCACCAACAAUAUGCGUGUCAUCCUGGUAGACUGGCUAGUAGAAGUGUGUGAGGAGUACAAACUUCAGUCGGAGACUCUGUAUUUGGCAGUAAACUACCUGGAUAGGUUUCUUUCUUGCAUGUCUGUUCUCCGGGGCAAGCUGCAGCUAGUUGGGACCGCAGCAGUCUUCCUUGCAUCGAAACAUGAAGAAAUCUGCCCACCAGACAUUGAAGAGUUUGUCUACAUUACUGAUGACACCUACACAAAGAAGCAGCUAUUGCGCAUGGAACAUCUCUUGUUAAAAGUGUUGGCAUUUGACCUGGCAGUACCUACCCCAUAUCAAUUUCUGCUCCAGUUUUUGAGGAUAGGGGCAGUCUGCAAGAAGACGGAGAGCCUGUCCUUGUACAUGGCUGAGCUGAGUCUGCUAGAAGCGGAUACCUUUCUGAAAUAUGUGCCAUCCCAAAUAGCUGCCUCUGCAUUUUGUCUUGCAAACUACACCUUAAACAGCGUUUAUUGGCCGGAGUCACUUGCUUGCUUUAGUGGAUAUGAUCUAGCAGACCUUUGGCCAUGCAUCCUUGACCUACAGAAAGCUUUUACGGGAGCUGUAAAGCAACCACAACAAGCAAUAAGGGAAAAGUACAAGAACUCCAAGUAUCUGGGUGUCUCACUACUUACGCCGCCACAGCAUUUGCCAUUUGACUGCUUAUCAAGUUGACAGACUUGAGUGAACUUGGUUUGAAUGAAACCAUUAACGGACAUUUCCAUGAAAUCUUAAC